CCUCUGACCUCUGUCUCCCUUCAGGAGGCGCCGGGAGCAGAGAUAAAGAAGGCGUACCGCCGCCUGUCCCUGAUUCUGCACCCCGACAAGAACAAGGACGAGAACGCAGAGACGCAGUUCAGACAGCUGGUCGCCAUCUACGAAGUCCUGAAGGACGAGGAGCGGCGCCGCAAGUAUGAUGACAUCCUGCUGAACGGGCUCCCUGAUUGGAGGCAGCCGGUGUUUUACUACAGACGGGUGAGGAAGAUGAGCAACGUCGAGCUGGGCUUCCUCCUUUUCGUCAUCCUCACCGUGGGGCACUACGCCGUCAUUUGGUCCAUCUACCUGGAGAAACAGCUGGAUGAGCUGCUGAGUAAGAAGAAGAAGGAGAAGAAGAAGAAGCUGAACUCCAAACCUGCAGAGGAGCUCAGGUGUGUCAGUCAGGAGCGGGCUGACAGGUACGGUGUGACAUCAUCACCUGUGGAGUUCCUCUGUGUGUGUGUGUCUGAUGUGUGUGUGUGUGUAUGGGCUCAAAAUGUGGUCAUAAAUAUUAAACAGUUUAUGCGAGCUUGUAGCUGCGAUUCAGAGGUUCCUGUGGACGCCGGGACACAGCCAACCUCCUGUUACACACCCUCGAGAUCUGGUCCCGGCUCUGGUUCUGACCCAGUCUCUCUGUUGCAGGAGGUGAAGCAGUACUAUGAGGACUAUCAGCAGAUGAAGCAGGAGCAGAGAGAGGCUGAAGCUGAGCAGGAAGUGGCUCCACGAGAGAAGCGGCCGAAGGUGAAGAAGCCGAAGGUGGAGUUUCCCGUUUACGAGCCAUCGGCAGAGAACCACACCCAGAGCUAUGACCCGACCACAUCUAUCGAGGACAUCGAGGAGCAGAUGGACGACUGGCUGCAGGACCGCAGAGCCCCCAAGAAGAAGGCUGCCGACUGGACUGAAGACGAGCUGAGUCUCCUCAGCAGGUUGAUGGUGAAAUUCCCAGGUGGAACUCCGGGCCGCUGGGAGAAGAUUGCUCACGAGCUGGGUCGAUCUGUCAGUGACGUCACGGCUAAAGUCAAACAGAUGAAAGACAGCGUGAGCCACACCUCAGGUCUGGUGAAGCUGUCGGAGCUAAAGGCGCCUCCUCUUCCUGUGAAGUCACAUAAUGUGGACGACAGCAUGAUGACUCAGAGGGAGGGCGAGGCUUGUGAGGAGGAACAAGAGGAGGAGGUGGAGGCACCGACGGUUCGCAGGAGGAACAGGAAGUGUUCAGAUGGGGGGGAGGCGAAGGUCAGAGGUCGUCGGCAGAGAGAUUUUGACCCGGCGGCGGUGGACGAGGAGGAGGCGGAGCCUCAGCCGGAGCCCACCGUGUGGACUCAGAACCAGCAGAAACUGCUGGAACUCGCUCUGCAGCAGUUCCCUCGCGGGACGCCCGAGCGCUGGGACCGCAUCGCCAAGGUGGUCCCGGGAAAGAGCAAGGAGGAGUGCAUGAUCCGGUAUAAGAUCCUCGCCGAGCUCAUUCAGAAGAGGAAACAAGCCAAGAGCUGAUGCAAGGUUCUGACUCCAUCCCCCUCUGGUCAGGUGACCGGUCCGCUGCCUCCUGAUUGGACAGAAUCACAGGACUUAGAGGAUUGGACAACGAGGCGACACACACACAGAUAACUGAUCAGAAUAUUGAUUAGAGGUUCUUCCAGACUGAGCAUGCUCACAGCAUUGAUCAGAAGUUCUGUGUGAUAUCAAUCGACUGAUCGAUAUUCUGAUUUGUGAUCAUCAGCCGGUCACGCCUUUGCUUUUGGGCCCCACCCUCUGCUGUGUGUGUGAAACAGGAAGUGACCUCACAGUCUGAUGUGCCUUAAUCUCUCUUCAGCCAAUCACGUGUUUACUCAUCAAUAAACAGUAUUUAUUAGCUGCCUAUUUGUUUUUCUUUGACUGAAAUAUUUACAAUAAAACCUUGUUUCGUAUUGAUUGAUUGUCAUCGGCAUUGAUCAGCUCAUGAAAUAAACGUCUGAUUUCUUUUCCUCUUUA